CUUGAAAUUUUAAUCUGUACAAUAUUUGUCAAAUUAACUUUUUAAAUGUAGUAUAUUAUUUUUCAUGGCUAAACAUCCAUCUUAUUCAUUUAGCCUAGAUUCUAAAACGCUCUUCACAUCUUCAGACGAUUCUGAAAAUUAUGAUUUAUUAUCAGAAAAAUUGUGGAAGGAUAGGAUUUUCCUAAAAUGUGUUAAAUCAUUAUCAGAUUAUAUAGUAAUACCAAGGAGCAAACUUGAGAAUUUAUCAAGAAAUUUAGUUCCAGCAGAGUUACAGAUUCAAGCUUUGUUUGAAAUAUUAUGUAACCAGAAGCUACACUAUAAUAACCCCUUGAAAUAUAAUAAAUCAGUAGCAACUAAAAGUUAUUACCUUAAAUCACUCGGAUUAGACCUGUCACUUGAACUUGACCAGCUAAUUGACGAGUCUGGAACAUCAUUUGACCACUUAAAAGUACCUCAGCACCGGACUUACAUGCUACCAGCCAGAUAUAUUGAUGCGAAACAUAACUUAGAUACCAACUUUAAAGCACUAGUUUCAAAGUCAUUUAAACUCCUACACACUCACUGGGAGAGGACUGGUGUUAUAUCGGAUGGAGAUGUGGGAUUGGAAGUUGAUAAGAAGUAUAAUACAAUAGCAAAAAAUACACUUGGAAAGAACAUAGGCUGUACGGCAACACCUUACUUACCACUUGAAGGAUGUAACAUUUUAAAAGGACUAAGGAGAAUUUUUAAUAAAAGACCGAGUCCAUUUAUGAUAAAUUCUGGUUCUAAUACGUACAUUUGUAAUAAUAUUCCAUCAUUCACAUUCCUAUUCAAGGUUAAACAGACCCUUGAUAGAUACGGAGUUGCCGUGGUUAGAAAUGUGUUCUCAAAAGACCAAAUCCGUGAAAUUAAAUCUAAACUAUACAUUAAAUCCACAUUGGCCAGAGAAAAUGCAUUUAAAAUUCUAGAGAAGGACCCGAAUGUAUCAGCACUUAAAUUUACAAGAGGAAGAAUCAACUGUGUUAUUAGAGGGACAAGUUUCAAUGACUCUCUGUCACCAAUUCAGUCAUUCUGGAUGCCAUUUGUAUACUACUUAAUGAAAAGAGACAAGAGAAUAUUCUUAUCAAAUCUACAACUCAUAUCUUCAGACUCGAUGAGCUUUGUGGAGCCAUGGCAUAGGGAAAAUAAGAGGUCUGGAAUCAGUAUUGUAGUACCACUUCAAGAUACUAAUAAAUCCAACGGACGAAUGCAAUUUCUACCAGGAACUCAUAAUGAACCUUCAAGACUAAAUCCAUACACCUGUGGCCCUGUUGGAGUUGACUUGAAUGAAGGAGACGUACUAAUAUACAACUCAAGUAUACUUCACAGAAAUACAAUAAAUGAGAGUAAUGUGUGUCAGUCAAUGGUAGUUUUUAGCUAUGAUCAUGUGGAUACACCACCACCAGGUCAAGGAGUUGUAAAAUACCUAUUGGAUAACUAUUACGGCAAUGCUAUAGUUAAUUUAAACCGCUUAUUCAUGCAAAAGAAUAUAAAUUUUAAAUGAAAAUAAAUUUUAAAUAACAAGAAUUUAAUGUGGAAGGAGGCUGGGGAUGUCAUUUUACA